AUGAACCUAUCUGAUAGAUACCAGACGGACAGGUCCCUGGGAGCUGGCAAAGCGCCACCCCAGUCUGUGGAGUUGAGGCAAAGCGAGGAAAGAGUACGCAAACUCGAGGAGAUAAUUCGGGAAAGAGAUUUGCUGAUUGAGUGUAAUCUAACUGAGAAAUUACAACUAUCAGGUUAUAAGAUAAAUAAGUUGAUCUCAGAAAACCAUUCACUUAAUGAGCAGAUCUCUGACUUAAAUUGUAAACUUGAGGGAAGAAUGAACAAAAUCAAAGCCCUUACCAACAAAAACGCCAAGCUCGAAGAGCACCAGACGGUGCAGGGGGGGCUGGCUAGCGACAAAAACAUAAGCGAACAGAAAAAGAAUAGAACCAGGGAAGACGUCGGCAUGUCUCCGCCUUCACAAGACGGUGACAUGCCGGCCUCGGAACCGCAGUACAUCACAGCAAACCACCUAGAAACGGCUGAAAACAACGUAAACUCGCCCCCCAUAGUGAGUGGGGAGCUAAACCACCGACGAAUACGCCAAUACUCACAGAAAGAGCCCUCCAACAGCGAGCAAACGGCAGCACCGGGAAAAAAUAAAAAACUAGAGCGGGGUAAGUCUCUAGCUGGCAGUCCCUACCCCCUCCAAAAACCUCUCCUCGAACGGAGAUACUUAAAAACUCCAUCCCCUUCCUUGCAUCCCGACCAGGACAUGGAAGCUGAAAAACCCCAUAAUAGUGCAGAAGUGUACAAAACCAUCUGCGAUACCCUCCAAUCUGAGGUGGAUUUCCUGCAGUCUACCAUUGAAGAUAAAAACUUAAAAUAUAAAACACUCGAAAGCGAAAAUCUUAAGCUUAAAAACAAAGUAAAAAACACUGAGGAGGUCAAUCUCCUCAAAGAACAAAACGACAUCUUCAAUGCUCAACUGCAGGAGAUGAAUGAUACCAUGGAGAAAAUUCUAAUGAUUAAUGAAAAAUUAGAAAAUGACAACAAAAACUUUGCCGGGCAGCUGGAGGCGUUGAGGGACCGGUUGAACGAAAACCAAAAAAAGGAAAACACAAGAAAGAGAUCUAGGAAAGACGCAAACAUCUCCUCUCCCCGCGAGGAGGAGAUGGUGCAAUCCGAAGAUUCAGAUAAAAACACCGACACUAAAGAACCUGGUCCCUCAGCGCACCCAGUUGCUGCGGCGAACACGCAGGACCACAGAAACCUGACUGCUCUUCUCAAGGAAAGGGAGAUGGAAUUCCACUCCUUCUUCCUUGAGGAGGACAGGAAGCUGAACCUCAUCCUGAGAGGUUUCGAUAGGAACUUUAAUUUGAGAGAAAUAGAGGAAGCACUGAACCGGAUGGGAUUCGAGCCAGAAGAAAUGGGCUGCUUUAACACCGGCCCAGGUCGAAGAAGGCAAACGGAUCUCAUCCGGUCCCUAAUCAAUAAAGAUCAAGAGGACAUAUACAAGGUCGACAACCUCAUGAACAUUAGGAAUAUGCGCUCUGAGAGCAUGCUUGAGCUUGAAUCGUUAAUCGUCGUUCAAGUGGACGACGACGACGAGAACAGAGCAUCAAGCUGUUCAUAG